CAGCAAUCAAAACAUAAAUUGGACUCGCAACCAAACAGACAUUGGACUAGCAAUCAAAACAGACAUAGGACUAGCAAUCAAAACAGACACUGGACCAAUCAAAACAGACAUUGCAAUCAAAACAGACACUGGGCUAGCAAUCAAAACACAUAUUGGACCAAUCAAAACAGACAUUGGAAUCAAAUCUCAAACAGACAUUGGACUAGCAAUCAAAACAGACACUGGGCUAGCAAUCAAAACAGAUAUUGGACCAAUCAAAACAGACAUUGGAAUCAAAUCUCAAACAGACAUUGGACUAUCAAUCAAAACAGACAUUGGUCUAGCAAUCAAAACAGACACUGGGCUAGCAAUCAAAACAGAUAUUGGACCAAUCAAAACAGACAUUGGAAUCAAAUCUAA